CGAGCUAGCGGGAGGAGACGGUGCGGCCAGUCGGCCGUGCGGUGACUGCAGCCACCUGCCCGAGCCCCGUGGCCCGCCCUCAGAUCCCGGCGAUGCGCCGUGGCGCCGCCUGGGCGCUGCUGCUGGCCGCAGCCCUGGGGCUCGGGGCGCGCGGGGUGCGCGCUGCGGUGGCCCUCGCCGAUUUCUACCCGUUCGGCACGAAGCGCGGCGACGCCGUCACCCCGAAGCAGGACGACGGCGGCUCAGGGCUGCAGCCCCUCUCGGUGCCCUUCCCGUUCUUCGGCGCCGAGCACUCCGGACUCUAUGUGAACAAUAACGGGAUCAUCUCCUUCCUGAAGGAAGUUUCUCAGUUCACCCCUGUGGCCUUCCCCAUCGCCAAAGACCGCUGUGUGGUAGCGGCCUUCUGGGCAGAUGUGGACAACCGACGUGCAGGUGAUGUCUACUACCGGGAGGCCACUGACCCAGCCACGCUGAAUAGAGCCACGGAGGACAUCAGACGGUACUUUCCUGAGCUCCCGGACUUCUCUGCUACCUGGGUUUUUGUGGCCACCUGGUACCGUGUCACCUUCUUUGGAGGCAGCAGCUCUUCCCCCGUGAACACAUUCCAAACGGUGCUCAUCACCGACGGCCGGUUCUCCUUCACCAUCUUCAACUAUGAGUCCAUCUUGUGGACCACAGGCACACACGCCAGCAGCGGGGGCGAUGCUGAUGGCUUGGGAGGCAUUGCAGCCCAGGCAGGUUUCAACGCAGGUGAUGGGCACCGCUACUUCAACAUCCCCGGGUCGCGCACAGCAGACAUGGCUGAAGUGGAGACCACCACCAACGUGGGCGUGCCCGGGCGCUGGGCGUUUAGAAUCGAUGAUGCCCAGGUGCGCGUGGGGGGCUGCGGCCAUACAACGUCUGUGUGCCUGGUCCUGCGUCCAUGUCUCAAUGGUGGCAAGUGCAUCGAUGACUGUGUCACAGGCAAUCCCUCCUACACCUGCUCCUGUCUCGCUGGCUUCACAGGCCGAAGAUGCCACCUGGAUGUGAACGAGUGUGCUUCCCACCCCUGUCAGAAUGGUGGGACCUGCACCCAUGGUGUCAACAGCUUCAGCUGCCAGUGCCCAGCCGGCUUCCAGGGACCCACCUGUGAAUCGGCCCAGUCUCCGUGUGACAACAAAGUGUGUCAAAAUGGUGGACAGUGCCAGGCAGAGAGCAGCUCUGCAGUAUGUGUGUGUCAGCCUGGAUACACUGGGGCCACCUGUGAGACAGAUGUGGAUGAAUGCAGCUCUGAGCCAUGCCUGAAUGGGGGAUCAUGUGUUGAUCUUGUUGGGAACUACAGCUGUCUCUGUGUGGAGCCCUUCGAGGGACAUCAGUGUGAGACAGGAAGCUCCCUGGUGCCUUCGCCCUGCCUCUCCAACCCCUGCCAGAACGGGGGCACCUGUGUGGAUGCUGAUGAGGGAUACGUGUGCGAAUGCCCUGAAGGUUUCAUGGGCUUGGACUGCAGAGAAAGGACCCUCAAUGAGUGCGAGUGCCGGAACGGAGGCAGAUGCCUGGGUCCCAACACCACACUCUGCCAGUGUCCUCCAGGCUUCUUUGGGCUCUUCUGUGAAUUUGAAGUCACAGCCACACCCUGCAACAUGAACACGCAGUGUCCAGAUGGAGGCUACUGCAUGGAAUAUGGCGGAAGCUACCUGUGUGUCUGCCACACAGACCACAACAUCAGCCACUCUCUGCCAUCGCCCUGCGACUCAGACCCUUGCUUUAAUGGAGGUUCCUGUGAUGCCCACGAGGACUCCUACACGUGCGAGUGCCCUCGUGGAUUCCAUGGCAGGCACUGCGAGAAAGCCCGGCCACACCUGUGCAGUUCAGGGCCCUGCCGGAAUGGGGGCACAUGCAAGGAGACAGGCGAUGAGUACCGAUGCACCUGCCCUUAUCGAUUCACUGGGAGACACUGUGAGAUUGGAAAGCCAGACUCCUGUGCCUCUGGCCCCUGUCAUAAUGGUGGUACCUGUUUCCACUACAUUGGCAAAUACAAGUGUGACUGCCCUCCGGGCUUCUCUGGACGGCACUGUGAGAUAGCCCCCUCACCCUGCUUCCGGAGCCCAUGUAUGAAUGGAGGUACCUGUGAGGAUCUAGGAACAGAUUUCUCCUGCCACUGCCAACCAGGGUAUACAGGACAUCGAUGUCAGGCAGAAGUGGACUGUGGUCACCCUGAGGAGGUGAAGCAUGCCACCAUGCGUUUCAAUGGAACUCACGUGGGCUCAGUGGCCCUGUACACAUGUGACCCCGGCUUCAGCCUGAGUACCCUCAGCCAUAUGCAUGUCUGUCAGCCACAAGGUGUCUGGAGCCAGCCUCCCCAGUGCAUUGAAGUAGAUGAGUGCCGGUCUCAGCCAUGCCUUCAUGGAGGCUCCUGCCAGGACCUCAUUGCUGGUUACCAGUGCCUCUGCAGCCCAGGGUAUGAAGGAGUCCACUGUGAGCUAGAGACAGACGAGUGCCAAGCACAGCCCUGCAGAAAUGGAGGCUCCUGCAGGGACCUCCCCAGGGCUUUCAUCUGCCAGUGCCCUGAAGGUUUUGUUGGAAUCCACUGUGAAACAGAGGUGGAUGCCUGUGCCUCCAGCCCCUGCCAGCACGGAGGCCGGUGUGAGGACGGUGGUGGGGCCUACCUGUGUGUGUGUCCAGAGGGCUUCUUUGGCUACAACUGUGAGACAGUGAGUGACCCCUGCUUCUCUAGCCCCUGUGGGGGCCGCGGCUACUGCUUGGCCAGCAACGGGUCCCACAGCUGUACCUGCAAAGUGGGCUACACAGGCAAGGACUGCACCAAAGAGCUCCUCCCACCAACAGCCCUCAGGGUAGAAAGGGUGGAGGAGAGUGGCGUCUCCAUCUCCUGGAGCCCACCUGAGGGCGCCACGGCCAGACAGGUGCUGGAUGGCUAUGCAGUCACUUAUGCCUCCUCGGACGGAUCUUCCCGGCGCACAGACUUUGUGGACCGGAGUCGCUCCUCUCACCAGCUCCGGGCCCUAGCAGCUGGCCGUGCCUACAACAUCUCGGUUUUCUCAGUCAAGAGAAACACAAACAACAAAAACGACAUCAGCAGGCCUGCAGCACUGCUCACCCGCACCCGACCCCGCCCCAUUGAAGACUUCGAGGUCACCAACAUUUCAGCCAAUGCCAUCUCAGUGCAGUGGGCUCUUCACAGGAUCCAGCAUGCCACUGUCAGCAGGGUCCGAGUGUCCAUCCUCUACCCUGAGGCCUCUGUGGUCCAGUCCACUGAGGUGGACAGGAGUGUGGACCACCUCACAUUUGGGGACCUGAUGCCAGGGAGAAGAUACAGUGUGCGGCUAACCACCCUCAGUGGGCCUAGAGGAGCUGAAUAUCCUACUGAGAGCCUGGCCUCAGCUCCUCUGAACGUGUGGACCAGGCCUUUGCCUCCAGCAAAUCUGACUGCCUCUCGGGUCACAGCUACCUCUGCCCAUAUGGUCUGGGACACCCCCAGCCCAGGUAUCUCACUGGAGGCUUACGUCAUCAAUGUGACCACCAGUCAGAGUACCAAGAGCCGCUACAUCCCCAAUGGGAAGCUGGUGUCCUAUACAGUGCGUGACCUGAUGCCAGGUCGGCGGUACCAGCUCUCAGUUACAGCUGUGCAGGGCACAGAGCAGGGCCAGCUGCACAGCGAGCCUGCACAUCUCUACAUCAUCACCUCCCCCAGGGAUGGCACUGACAGACGCUGGUACCAGGGAGGACACCACUCACGGAUGCUCAGAAAUAGACCAGCCCCUGUGCGCCUGCCAGAGCUGCGCCUGCUCAAUGACCACAGUGCCCCUGAAAUACCAACUCAGCCACCCAGGUUCUCAGAGCUUGUGGAUGGAAGACGAAGAGUGAGUGCCAGGUUUGGUGGCUUGCCCAGCAGAGCAGUAACUGUGAGAUCACAACCCACCACUCCGAUGCCGCUCAAGAACACAGAGGCUCCUGAGCAGGUCCAUCUGGCCCUCCAGCUACCCAAGAACAGCAGCAAGGACACAGAAAGUACCCCUGGCAGCUGUUCAGAAGAUGCCUGUCAGAAUGGAGGCACCUGUGUCCCAGGUGCCAAUGCCCACAGCUGUGACUGCAGGCCUGGGUUCAAAGGCAGACACUGUGAGCUUGCCUGUGAAAAAGUGCCCCGCCCCUGCACAAGGCUGUUCUCUGAGACCAAGUCAUUUCCUGUCUGGGAAGGAGACAUCUGCCACCAUGUGUAUAAAAAAGUCUACAAAGUUCACCAGGACGUGUGCUUUAAGGAACGCUGCCAGAGCACAAGCCUCAAGAAACCCAGACAGGAAACAAAGUAACAGUCAAACACUGAAGAAAUCUUAAGAUACAUUCUCCUUCAUACUGUUGAGAACUGGAGACACCAUCACACCCAGCACCUUGGACACCCCAGGUCCUUUAUCAGACACUGAUGGCAAAAACUCAGUACUGUGCUAUUACAGACCCAACCAGGAAGGUUCCAGAGUUUCCUGUCUUUAGCCUCCCAAAAGACAUAACCUGGUCUGACCUUGCAUAUGAAUCUAAUUUCAGGUGGAAAUGAGUCUCUCAAGGGAAAUGCAGACCAGUUACAAUGAGGCACAAAAAUCACCUGGUCCCUUCAGGACUGUGGGCCUGGGUGGAUGGAUCAAGGAUGCCAAACAAUCCUAGGGGUGCUGGGAAGGACCUAAAGAAGUACCCCCAAGCACUACUAAUAGCAUUCUACUGGUAGACUAGGGCGGGAGCCUUGCCAUGUAACCUGCGGGUGAUCCUAAGUACAGCUCUCACUGGGAGAGCUGUAAUGGACCCUGGACUAAGCACGAGUAACCCUGAAAUGAAAGAAAUGUUGCCUGUUUGAUCCAGCAUUCCCCACCCACCUCCCCAUGCAUAAACGCAUUGGAUUUUUUUUUUUUCACAACAGUCUGGAAAAUACUGGGUUACACUACAGAAAUCCCUCUAUAGCUGAGCUCAGCCCCAUACUGACUUAUUGAUGGGACAUCAGUUGGAAACGACAGACUGGCUGGCUGGAGACAAUUUACUCCUCUCCCUUGGAGGAGCCAGAACAGUACAUCUUUCCAGUGGUGGAAGAGAGACAUAUCUGGAAACCUGCCACUUCAGGAGUGACUAUCACCUUUCUCUUCUACAGUGUAGGACAUGAAGGAGAAAUGUCACUCAAAGGCCUAAGAACAAGCAAAACCAAUGGAGUUCUAGGUGAAGGUCAUCCUAAGUACAGUAGCAGGCAGAGUGUUGGCACAGACCAAGCUCAGGGUAUCAGGAGAGCAGGCUCUCAGACAGGCCUAAGCAGCAGGGCCUGUGCAUCUUGACCAUUUCAGAUCUGAAAACCCUGCAGCAGGAACAGCUGACAAGACUCCAGUCCUGUCUACUCAACAGCAUCACCUUUUCACCUCAGCCCCCAAGAAUGCACACAAAACACCCUCCCACACUUGUGAGUAACUUAAUUCUGGCAAAGAUGAAAAAUCCACAAAUUAUUUGGUUUAAAAAUAUUUAUAUGGCAAUAAGUCUCUUGAAAUAUUAAUGCAUCUUUUAAGAACUCACUCAGAAAACCCAUUUUUAUAAAAAAAAUAAACGAGAAUCCCUAGAUACUUAUGACAUAAUGGCUUAUAGAAUACCUAUUCUCAGAGCAACACACACAUCACACACACUCCUCUCUUUCUGAAGAAAACCACCAGAAUUCACCAGCCACAACUGCCCUGAGAAAACGAACAGUGCCAUCCCCAGCAAAAGAAAGGCAGCAGAGGACCAGCAAGCAGCCUACUGAUUCAAAUGUAAAGCCUCAGGCUGAGUACGAGUGUCCUCAGCGGUGCGUGUUCCCUUCCAUCCCUCCUUGCACCACAGACAGCUAGAAUUCUGGCUCCUAGGGAACAGGGCUUGCUGUCUCCAGAAAGACCAUGGAUAUAAAGAGGAGUGUGCCUCGGCUCACUGUCACUCCAGGACCAGCACGUGCUGGUAACAUGGCCCACCUCCAGGAUUUCCAAAACCCAGGAAGAUGAGGUCCAAAACUUAAAAGCCAAGCCUGGCUGAAGGCAGUCCCCUGAGAUCUCUGUCCUCAGAUUUCCAGUAAAGACAGCCAGAGGUGCACACCCAAGGACUCCUGCCAGGGAAGCACUGAAGUACCUGUCAUCUCAACCCAGGCUGCUGUUUCUGCAGCUCUCGUCAGUUCCUCUGUGGGGAGUUACCUGGGUUACCAGGCUCUGUGAGUGAUGCUUCUGUGCUCAGAAACCCACCCCCAGAUCCCAGUGCCAGAGAAGUGACCCUUGAACCCCCAAAACAUGGAGAAGGGAAAGACUCAGCUUUUACGAGAGCUGCUAGAAAGGCUGUGUGGAAAUAGAUGGGCUCAACCUGCUCUCCUCGUUCAUACUGACCUAAAGAAGUGCUAAUUACUACUAUGGUGGACUCUAGACACUCGGUCUACAACUCAGGGGUGGCAGGGCAGACAUGCUUAGGCAGGAUUCUGGGCUUCGAUGAUGGAAUGACCUCUCUGGCACACACCUGACCCUGCUACUGUCCUACCAACAUGGUCACAGAUGUAGACAGCACAGCUGUAUGCUAAUGAAACGUCAUUUACAGAAACAGGCAGUAGGCCAUAGCUGGCUUAUAAGACGAUCUAGACCCCAGCCUUCUGUGGAGAAAGCCAUCUCCUGAAUGACAAGUCACCAUCAAGACUUAAAAGACCCCUGAACUUUCAUAGAAGAAAAGCAAUCAAGAUCCUUACUCAGGAACCUAAGAUAUACUUACACCACAGAGCAGGAACAGCUAUUUGUUCAAAUCUGAAGGCAGCACAUAGUGACACAGGGCAGCCUGGCUCCAGGAGACAGGGUCCAAGGUUUCUUAUAAUCUGUACCUCAAGUAGAUGGCUGUGGGCCACCAAAAUGAAAAUACUUUACACACCCUCCGCUUUCUACCCCACUCCCAACAAGGCUCUAAGCAGCUGUCUUCUCCCUGCAGUGACUUCACAAUCAGAAAAGCCAAACACACCUUGAUUCCUUGAGAGCAGAGCUGACUGGAAAUCUAGCACCAAGAACUACAUCCUGACCAGAGAGGCCUCCUGCCCUCCAUAGUUCAUAAAAACAUACUUUGAAGCAUAACAUUUUAAGUUUUAUUCUCACUAAAAAAUUCUGAGCCUAUGUAUUACAUUUUUUUUUCUUUUUCAAGGAGGGGCAGUCACAUCAAAAACUCACUACUGUACCUUAGAUACCCCGCUAGAGAUCUGGAGACCACAUAAGCUACAGCCUUAACAGUGAACGGCAAGACCAAGUGGCAUCACUGGAAACACAGAUGGAAUCUUUGUACUAUACCUCAGGACUCUCACCCACCAAGCUAUGCUGCCACAUUCACGUUUCCAGUUGGAGCCUGUUUUAAACAAGAGCCAAUUGUGUGGCACUGUCAGGCAAUCACUCCAAAGUGGAGUGGAGAAAGACUUGCUGGUGCUGAGGAAUUAGUGUACAAAAUUCCAAACAUGCCAUCUCUGCUUUCUUACAUGCCUUUCUUAUGCAGAAUAAUUAAAUCCCUCAAAACAAUCAGUGUCCACUUGGGAAAUGUUACAGUGGAAUCAGCAAACAGACAAGGUGUAGGUUUAUUUUUGUGUCAAACUGAAGAAGCAACCAUGAGUUUUGGGCUCAUCAUUUGCUAAUCAAAACUGAAGACAAGCAGAUAUCUAAUUGAGCUCAGGGUUAGGUUUCUAUUCAGUUCUGAUGGAGCCCACGGCCAGACACCCAACAUUCAGGGAAAGGGGAGCUCACAUGAAGGCCACAGAAUGGAAGAGUAAGGGGCAAAGAAUGGAUCAUCAUUCUCCAACAGUUUGUCCACAGCCAACAACAGGCAGAAGGCCUUCCCCUUCUCCACUGCCUAUGGGAUGUCAGGGUAAACAGGAUGGUUUGCUGUGUCCUGCUUUCUGUGGAGAGUCCAAUAGGCAAGGUCAUGGCCUUGCCAGGAAGUGAGCCUGCCUCACUGACUGUGUGCUGGGGAAUCUUGGAAUGACUGCUUUUCUUUGAGAACACCCUCCUCUUUGCAGUCAGGCUCCAGACAAGUCAAAAGCCUCCUCACCUUGGUGCUGGUUCCUCACAAAAUACACCCUAGAUCCAGCAAGAUCUCUAGACAGAAAUAAAUAUAUCAGGUCCACAUUUGUUAUAGUCACAGUACUUCUGUGGGCCAGGUCUCUGAGCAGUUUCUCAGCUUUGGCAUUGCUUUGUGGACCUGAUCAUGCAUGUAGGGUGCAAUGUAUGAUAUUUUAUAGCAUCCUUGGCUCUGACCACAAGAUCCUGCAGCCAUGACACAUAAAAAACAUCCCCAAAGACUAUCAGAUGUCUGGAGGAUCAAGGUCAUCCUUAUGUAAGCACUGGAUUCAGUCUAAACACAAGGCCUACAUUGGGGUUUCAUGUGACUGUUAAAUGUCACCAAAUGGGGGAAAGAUACUACCAAGCACUCCUAACUUUGGUCCUGCCACCAAAAAGCUUUCUACAUCACCAAGCCUAUGCAGUUUCCCGAGGACAGCCACAGACAACCUUCCAGGAGGCCUGUUCUCUGCCCCUCCGAGCCUGAGCUCCAUCAAAGGAGGCCUCUGCUCAAGCUCACCUAAUCCUAGCCCCAGUACGCCACGUGGCUCCACCCCACUCACCAUGCUGCCCAGUGCUGUCAGUGCUGGUCUCUGAGCAGCUUACUCUUUAGCAUAGACUACAGAGCCAGGGAUAGGAGGCCUUAAAGUGGCAACCAGCCACGAACCAACAUGAAGGCCAACUUGCCCAAGCAGGAAGGAUCAGCAACUGACAGAGAAACGUUUUGCUAGUCUGACAACUGUGUGACUAAAGGACACAUUACUAACCAACUGCCUUUCACUCUGCUGUACACUCAACAUGUCAGAAGGCCAGGAAAUGGUGUCGGAUUAAGAACAUUGCCUAUUGUGUGGAAACCUGCUACUUGUUUUCAUUAAAUAAAGUGCUAUGACAUACUAACUCUCAA